AUUAGUCCUGUGCUCCUGGGCAAAGCACCUAAAUCUCCCUCCACCCAAGAAGUGUACACGAAAACUGGUAAACAUUCGGCAAAAGCUCAUCGAAUUCUGAGGGUUAACCCUGCGAAGGAGUACCAUCUUAUUAGAGGGGAACUAGCGAAGGUAAUUCAUGCUUUGAAGUCCGGAAGAAAAUUCGGCGUUGUAGACUGUUGGGCUUGUGUGAAACCAAGCAUAUAGGACACCACAUGUCCUCAACAUGUCUAAGAAUAAUCAGAGCAGUAAGCAUAACACGUCAAAACUUACUUUAUUUUGAAGAAAUUUCAUUUACUUACUUAUUUAUUUUCAAGUUCAUUUGCACUUGUUUCUGUCAUAAUUUUUAUACUCUUUAAGAGAGUCAACUUUAACGCCUUCAAUACAAUUUAUCAAAUUUGUUUCACAAUCUUUGAUUUUAUUGAAAGAGCAAUAAGGCUCGUCUCCAUUUCUAGAGCUUUCUUUCUUAAGGCAAAGGUUAUGUUGUUUGCAACACCUGAAAUCACAGAAAAUAACCAGUUACCAUUUGUUAGUAUGUUUUAGAAUAUCACAAUUCAAUCCCUGACUCAAACAGCACGAUAUUGUCUUCCUACUGUUUUGUGUUGUGGUCGAAUCCUGUCAGAGUUAAUCCGGCGUCUGCAAAAUGAAGGGACUAAGAGUACUUACACUUCUCCCAGACAGGAUGCCAACCCCUUCCACCCACUAACUAAAGAGUCGCUUCAUGUUCCUUCGCACUCCCCUCCCCCCUCCCUCCCUUUCCAAUAA